CCAACCAUCCUCUCCCUAAAAUCCGACUUCCUCAACACCCAAACGCGCACCCUCUCCCAACCCUUGGCUCCAACGCGCACCUUCACUUCUCAAAACAACGGCAUCUCCUCCCCCCACUCUCAACUCCAACAACACCAAAGCAUCCCUCAAAAACCGCUCUCCGAAGCCAUCCAGAAACUCAACCACCGCCUCACCCAACACAACCGACGCGCCUACCCUCCUCAAGCAACACGACACGUAGCUGAACAAAUCGACAAACUUUAUUUUACUUCAACUUCCACUUCCGCAUCCUUGGGGAAAGCAAACGAAGGGGAUGGAGAAGACGAAGAUGAUGAGGACGAAGAUGGACAGGCUUGGUUGCGAGUAAACGCCGACUUGACUGUUCCUCGCUUAAUCACCUCCAUACCCGACUCCUGGUCCUCUGUCUCGGAAAAGGAAGUAGACGAUCACCCCAUGGAAGCCAAGCGGUUUGCCGAGUUGGUGGCGCAGUUGAAGGAGUUGGACCAGCAGAAACGGAAGGUGUUGGAACGGGUGGCCAAAUUACGAAAAAUUAAGGGGUUGGUUGAGGGGGAGGGAGCAGAAGGGGAAGGGGGAGGAGGAGGAGGAGGAGGAGGAGGAGGAAUGAAAGCGGUACAAGAGAAUCUGGUGACUAAGAAUGGGGAGAUGGAGGCUGAGUUGCAGAGGAUGAGGGUUCUGCUGGCUAGAGUGGGGGGAAGGGUUGAAAAGUUGGAUAAGGAG